AAGAAGAUCGCCUUUACUGUGUUAUAAAUAUGCCAUGAAACUUGUUUGGCGUAAUACACAUUGUUUACCAAAUACAAUGACUACAAUAACUAAAGGGAAAAUAUUUUCAGAAGACUGCAGUGGCAGGUACUUCCAGCUCAAGUAGAGAUAGUUGUCCACCAGCUUAAUAUCUGUUUAAGUUUGGCAGUUCAAUACAGUAUCGAGGGGUAUUGAAGCCGUCUCAUACAGCUGGGAGUCGACUUUUAAAACUUCCGGACACUGGUGAAGAUCCACCUUAUCAGUUGAAGUUAGAAGGUGAAUACGCACCUGAUCAGAUGGAGUUCGAAGGUAAAGAUCCACCUGAACAGGUGAAGUUAGAGGGUGAAGAUCCACCUGAACAGAUGAAGUUAGAGGGUGAAGAUCCACCUGAACAGAUGAAGUUAGAAGGUGAAGAUCCACCUGAACAGAUGAAGUUAGAAGGUGAAGAUCCACCUGAACAGAUGAAGUUAGAAGGUGAAGAUCCACCUAGACAGGUGGAGUUAGAAGGUGAAGAUCCACCUGAACAGUUGAAUUUAGAAGAUCCACCUGAACAGAUGAAGUUAGAAGAUCCACCUGAACAGAUGAAGUUAGAAGGUGAAGAUCCACCUGAACAGAUGAAGUUAGAAGGUGAAGAUCCACCUGAACAGUUGAAGUUAGAAGAUCCACCUGAACAGAUGAAGUUAGAAGAUCCACCUGAACAGAUGAAGUUAGAGGGUGAAGAUCCACCUGAACAGAUGAAGUUAGAAGGUGAAGAUCCACCUGAACAGAUGAAGUUAGAGGGUGAAGAUCCACCUGAACAGAUGAAGUUAGAAGGUGAAGAUCCACCUGAACAGGUGAAGUUAGAAGGUGAAGAUCCACCUAGACAGGUGGAGUUAGAAGGUGAAGAUCCACCUGAACAGAUGAAGUUAGAGGGUGAAGAUCCACCUGAACAGAUGAAGUUAGAAGGUGAAGAUCCACCUGAACAGAUGAAGUUAGAGGGUGAAGAUCCACCUGAACAGAUGAAGUUAGAAGGUGAAGAUCCACCUGAACAGAUGAAGUUAGAAGGUGAAGAUCCACCUAGACAGGUGGAGUUAGAAGGUGAAGAUCCACCGGGAGAAAUGAAGUUAGACGAGGCCGAGCUUGCCCCAGAUAUUGCCGAGAUCUCCCCAGAUAUUGCCGAGAUCUUCCCAGAUAUUGCCGAGAUCUCCCCAGACAUUGCCGCGAUCUCCCCAGAUAUUGCCGAGAUCUCCCCAGAUAUUGCCGAGAUCUCCCCAGAUAUUGCCGAGGUUCAGAUGAUACCAGAGGAGGAGGAACGUUCGGACACUGAUAAGUCGUGUGAUGAGCCUGGUCACGUGAUGAGGGAGGGUGACAGCUCGCUGGGCGAUCAGCUGACCAGUGUGCGUAUGAGCAGAAGAACCAGUAUCACGUGGCUGAAAUGGCUUUUUGUCAUAAGCUUUGUUGUGCAGUUUUCGGGUGAGUUGGGAUUACUGUGGUCAUCAAAUAGUGACGUCACCUUCCUGGUGGUCAAAUGUUCAUCACCUUCGUGGUGA